AUGGACUGGGUGUUGAAGAGGCUCGACGAGUUCAUCACCAUGACCUUUCGUGACUACGCCUAUUUCAGAACUGCAGAUGUGAAGAGCAGUCAAGUCCAUGGUAUCAGGAGGGUAAUCACGCUCGCGGGAGAACCAGGACCGUUCCCUCACCGCUUGAGCUAUCGUAGGCCUUUCAGAUUGAAGCUCAUUGACUGCCAACCGCCCACAGCCGUCCUUUCCUCCGAAAGCUUCAAGUGGCUGCAAUAUCUGUAUCAAGGAAAGAUUCCAGCAGAAUGGCACAGUCAAUUUCCUCCAAUGAGCUGUUCAGUCAAAACACUGAUCAACGAUCCCCGAUGGUCUUGUUGCGAAGCUCGAGCACUCUUCGUCAAUUUCCACCAAUGUGAUGUCGAAGUCCACGCAUGGUCGUGGGAAGCCGGCGCCAAUGACUGUCUCUCAUUGAAAGGUAUCAACGGUCUGACCGUGCUAUUUCUCACGGUUUCAGCUUUCAGUUCAGCUUCCAGCGACCACUUCAAAUAUCGCAUGCUCGCAUGUUUGUCAUGUGGGAGCAUUAUCAUCGAGGACCUUGCUCAACACCGGGUACGCCUCCACCAUCUAGCUCUAAUGAUGAUUGGUAUUUGCAAGGAGUUGGAGGCGUCUGUGGUCAAUUGGGACAAUCACUCUUUCGAGAUACUAUGUCGACACCUUGUUGCUUUCCAGCGACUAGGAGCAGGACCAUUUGCAGGUCUCGGCAGCCGAAUCGGCCGAGUUCUCUUCAAGAAAGACAGAGUCGCCAGCCAAGGCAUGCUCAGAGAGCCCACAACAGAUGAAGAUUUUCGAAAGCUCCGCCUUUAUGCCAUGCUCGAGGGCUGUGAAGCUGCCUUCUCAGUCAUCGCCUUCAUAGACAAGGUCGACCAACGAAUAUCUCCUACCCCGAGGUCGAAUCAGCCAGCUCCAACUGACUUCGACGUUGUGGCUAGCUUGACCAAGUCGAUUACCGAGGUGCUUCUUGCAGGCUUCAAGAAUGCUACAGCUAAAACGCUGAGGCAGGCAGUGAAGCAGCGAUUCCAGCAACGCCUAUCGAGAUUCAGCUACUGCGAUGCUAUCUCAAUAGAGCAGGACUUAAAUAACAUGAAACGAUUGCAUAUGAGAGAGCUGGCAUCGUAUGACGGUGUCGUUGACAGCGAGGUAUUUUUCCGCUACUUCGCUCAAGCUGCUAUCAUCACAUUUUCGGCAGCGGAGAUGAACAGUCACUUCCGCGCCGUCCUCGAUUGGUUUGGGGAGCUUGACGUGGAGGCGAUGAAGCAGUCCAGUGCUUUCGGUUACAGUGUGUGGGUCCCCGGAUUGGCUGAUGCGUUUUCCGUCUUAGGUGUGCUGAGCCUUCCUUACCUUGCGUCACUGCCUACUCGGCUCCUCAAGUUUCCUUUAACAGACGAGGAGCGCGAUCUCAUGAAACAGCAUGAGCUCUAUCUCCGAGUUGCCGCGGCAAUUGCUGCUCGACAGCGGCCCUGGUAUGCCUCGGUUGUGCAUCACGCCUUGGACUACCGAAGCCCACGUCUUCUAGCUAUCUCGGACGCCAACCCUCUCAACCUCAAAAAUGCUCGCUUUCCUUCUGUGCAACUUUCAGCCACCACGAGGAUCAUCCACCAGGUCCCACAAUUCCCAAAAGCAGCCACUCUAGCUCUGGUGACUAUUCCGCUGCUCGCGCUAGGGCUUUGGUCCUUCUAUCCGUCGGGUGCCGCAUCGUCGGCUGCAUGA